UGCCGGAGCGCGGGCGCGGCGCACUCGGAGCGGGAUGGAGCGGGCGCGCGGGCCGCGGGCCGAGGCCGACGCGCCUGAGGAGGAGGAGGAGGAGGCGGAGGAGGCGGAGGAGGCGGAGGAGGCGGAGGAGGCGGAGGAGGCGGGGGCGGCCAUGGCUGCUGUGGUGGUGGCGGCUGCGGGUGGCGCGGGACCGGCGGUCCUGCAGGUGGCCGGUCUCUACCGGGGCCUGUGCGCGGUGCGCAGCCGCGCCCUGGGCCUGGGGUUCGUGUCACCCGCGCAGCUGCGCGUCUUCCCAGUGCGCCCCGGCUCGGGCCGGCCCGAGGGGGGCGCCGACGGCAGCGGGGUCGGGGCCGAGGCCGAGCUCCAGGCCAACCCUUUCUACGACCGCUACCGCGACAAGAUCCAGCAGCUGCGCAGGUCAGACCCAGCUGCUUUUGAGUCCCGCCUGGAGAAACGCAGUGAAUUUCGGAAGCAGCCAGUGGGGCAUUCCAGGCAAGGUGAUUUUAUCAAAUGUGUGGAACAGAAGACAGAUGCCUUGGGGAAACAGUCUGUGAACAGAGGAUUCACUAAGGACAAGACUCUCAGUUCAAUCUUUAACAUUGAGAUGGUAAAAGAAAAAACUGCAGAAGAAAUAAAACAGAUUUGGCAGCAAUAUUUUGCAGCAAAAGAUACAGUCUACGCAGUUAUUCCUGCAGAAAAGUUUGAUUUGAUCUGGAACCGGGCUCAGUCCUGUCCAACAUUUCUAUGUGCUCUGCCAAGAAGGGAAGGUUAUGAGUUUUUUGUAGGACAAUGGACAGGUACUGAACUCCACUUCACUGCACUUAUAAAUAUUCAGACCCGAGGGGAAGCUGCAGCCAGCCAGCUGAUUUUAUAUCACUAUCCUGAACUUAAGGAAGAAAAGGGCAUAGUGCUGAUGACUGCAGAAAUGGAUUCCACAUUUCUGAAUGUUGCUGAGGCACAGUGCAUCGCCAACCAAGUUCAGCUCUUCUACGCUACUGAUCGGAAAGAGACCUACGGGUUAGUGGAGACCUUUAACCUCAGACCAAAUGAGUUCAAAUAUAUGUCUGUCAUCGCUGAAUUGGAGCAAAGCGGACUUGGAGCAGAACUGAAAUGUGCCCAGAACCAAAAUAAGACUUAGAACUGUACAGGUUGGCCCUUCACCUAGUUGACUCAGCCCUCGAUAGUCUAGAGCCCACCCCCUCCUCAGGAACUCAAGAGCUCAGCAUUUAUAAUGAGCAGUUGGUAAUGAGUUGCCCUAUGUGCUUGUCGCAAACAGUCACAGAGAUGAGCCCUAUUACUUGAUAUUCAGGAACAAAGGUACCUGAACAUUCUGAUAAUUAUCUCAGCAUACUUGAGGUUUCCUUUUUUAAGUGUUUGAGGUUAUAACAAGAGACAGCCAAGGACCUACAAGACAGUUGACUUGAUUUUGCACAGUGUAACAGCGCAGUUGCAUUCUGGCCACUUUGACCUUAUAGCUCCCAAAUGAUGAGUUUGUCAUCUUUAUGAACUCAUGACAGGAUAAUAAGCUGGAAGACCUGCUGUAGUUAGAUAUGGGCUUUAAUGCUUACCAUGCACCAGUCAGCUGAACAAAAGCAUAAGCCAAACAUCCUGUUUAAACUGUAGAAUAACCAGAUAUUCCCAUCAGGAUAAAGACUGCAUCUAGAUGAUGCCCCCCAGAGAUGCCUUUAGUGUAGGUAGCUGGCUUGGGGUAUCAGCAAAUUUCAGGUAUAGUUAGAUAAACAGGUACAGGGCCUGCAUACUAUUAAACCAUAGUUUGUGGCACCCGCUUUUCUAACUCCACCUGUUAGAGGCUAUGUGUUUGAAGGAAUGAAUCAGUGCGGUAUAAAUAAAAUUCUUUUGUAAGGAGAA